UGAACUCCUUCCUUGACGAUCAAACAGCUUGGAAUAAAAUAGACAUCAUUCGCAUUAAGUUAUUUUAUUCACAGGUACAAUUAAGCGUUCGAUGAUUGUGUUUCCGCUCUCGUCAAUUACUUCUUAUUUUUUCGUUUUUUCGUUUUUUUCUUUUUUUCGUCAAUCGUGGACGCAUGGAACGGAACAUUAGGCGACGAGCACGUUAAUGAGCCCAGUUGAAGCGUGGCCGUCAUCGCAAGCACAUCGAUUUCGUUUCAGUGCGUGCGAGAGUGUGUACGACGUCGUGUCCACCGUCGCGAGAGAGCCUCGAUACCGAUUUCGUCACCCGAGAAAAACCAACCGAUCGAAUUUUUUCGUUUAAAUAAAAAACAGGACAGAAAAAAGUCAAAUCUCAACAUUAUCGAAUUCAAAAAGCUCACCAAGUUCAGCUUUGGAAGAUACAAAAAAAGAAGAAAAAGAAGAAGAAGAAGAAAACCAACAAAGACAGCAGCAGCAUCAAGUCAUGGAUACGUUUAAGGCGACGCCGUUCAACAGCCAGUGCUACAUGAGCGACAUGCUCGACAUGAGCGCCGACAGGGACGAGGAGAUCAGCGAGCUCGAGGGCAAGGACACGGGCGUCAGCGAGGUCACGGAAUUUUUCAACGGUCUCAAUGUCCUCGUCACCGGCGGUACUGGUUUUCUCGGCAAGCUCAUGAUCGAAAAAUUACUGCGAACGUGUCCGGAUAUGGGAAAAUUGUACAUGCUCAUGAGGCCGAAGAAGGGAAAAACCUCGGAGGAAAGAUUCAAAGAGGAGUUCAACGACGCCGUAUACGAGAGACUUCACAAAGAGGUGCCGGACUUCUUGAACAAAAUCGAGCUGAUCGAGGGCGACACGAGCAAGGACGAUCUCGCCAUGACGGCGGAAAAUCGCGCGAAGCUCGUCGAGAACGUCAACGUCGUGCUGAACGGGGCGGCGACGGUGCGCUUCGACGAGUCGCUGCGAAAGGCCGUGGACAUCAACGUGCGCGGCCCCAGGGCCAUGAUGAAGCUCGCCAAAGAGAUCAAGCAUCUCAGGGCGAUGGUGCACAUCUCGACGGCCUUCUCGCACUGCGUGCGAAGCGAGAUCGACGAGCAAUUUUACGAGCCUCCCAUGGAUCCGGAGAAGGCGCUGGCCCUCGUCGACAUGCUGAGCGACGACGUGCUCAAACACAUGACGGCCAAAUUGCUCGGUGACAUACCCAACACGUACGCGUUCUCCAAGGCGCUGGGCGAGGAAGUGGUGCGUCGCGCCAGUCCCGGUCUGCCCAUCUGCGUGGUCAGGCCGUCGAUCAUGAUCGCCACGGCCAAGGAGCCCGUGGCGGGCUGGAUCAACAAUUUUUACGGGCCCACGGGGGUGGUGAUGGGCGCCGGCCUCGGGCUGCUGCGCAGCAUGCACUGCAACGCCGAGAAGAUCGCCGACAUCAUACCGGCCGAUUACGUGGUCAACACCAUCCUCGUAGCGGCUUACGACUGCGCCAAGAGCUGGGAGGAGGAGCAUCGGAAGGGUCCGGAAAAGGUCGAGAACAAGGAGCCACUGAUCUACAACGCCGUGUCGUCGUGCCAGAAGCCCAUCGACUGGGGCACGUUCACGUCGGCCAACGAGAAGUUCGCCAUGAAGAUACCCAGCGACAAGAUACUCUGGUACUACAUGUUCAUGUUGAACAGCUCGCUGUGGUUUCACAACGUCUGCUGCUUCCUGCUGCACACGGUGCCCGCCUGCCUGGUCGAUUGUCUGGCCAUUAUGACGGGUCGCGAGCCACAAUUGGGCAAGGCCUACAAAAAGAUCCACAAGUUCAGCCACGUGAUAUCGUACUUCUCGACGCAGCAGUGGCUGUUCCACAAUCGCAACGUCAUGGCCCUGUGGAAACGCACGAGUCCCGUCGAUCGCAACAAGUUCUACUUCAACAUCGAGAACCUCGACUGGAUGGAUUACUUUUACUAUCACGUGCGGGGCCUGCGCAAGUACAUACUCGAGGACCCGAUCGAGACCGUCGAGCACGGGAAGAAGAGAUUCUUCCGGUUGAAAGUUGCUCAUUACACCCUCGUGACGAUUAUUUCUACGUUAUUCUUUUAUGCAGUGUAUCGUUUAUUCGACACCAUGUAUUCUUGGCUACCUAAUUUUGAUUAAAACAGUGACUUAGUGCCUUAUUGUAUCAAUGCAUUUUACAUAACUUUCGGCGUGAAAGACAUUGACCUUUACGAUGAUCAUCGACGAAGCGAGACCCUUCACCGCCGCGAAGCAAAUAUAGACCAAUGGACAGUUUUUAGUGUAAAAUUAAAACUUCUAAUUUUAAUGAUAAUUAUUAAGUUUG